CCUUUAGUCGUUAUUCGAUGAAAAUUUCGAUACCAAGAAGACGCAUUUCGAUGCCCCGAGUAUCUCUGUUGUCGAAUCCGAAUUUCGGGUUUUUAUAUCGUCGACGUACGUAUUUUAAAUUCUCGUAACGGCCGUUUUUUUUUUUUUUUUUUGCUUUCAAUUAGAUACAUUCUGCGUCUCGUCUCUUCAUCUCUGCUGUAUCUUUCGUUAGUCGUAUCGAGAUAUAAACGAAGGCGAGACUUGGUGCGCGUAUUUCGCAAAAUAUCUAGUUCGCGCAAUUCAUCGCAUCGCAGUAAAAGCUGGCGAAAAUUUUCACGCAACCAAAAAAUCGCUCAAAGAUACAUCGAUGAAUUCGAUAAAGAAGAUUACAACUGCAAUAUCGAAUGAUUUUCGAAAUCGAAUUCGCAAAAGUUUCCAUUGAAAAAGUACAUAUGGUUUGUUGGAGGUGAUGAUGUCCUACAAGUUUUCGUUGAUUAUGGUAUGCUGGAUGUUAACAUGCAAAGAUGUAUUUGUUAAUUCAGCCGAAAAUCAACAUAGAGGGCCACCGCCUUACUUCGAGGAUGAAACCAAACAGUCUUCUGCCCGCUUCGGCAACGAUUAUUGGGACACGGUGGUCGACGAUGAACCUAACCAAGAACCCGAAGAUCAAAUGGAUGACGAACCGGUAUUCGCCAAACAAGUAUAUCGCAGUAAAGAAGACGAAGAGGUAUUGGUGGAAACGAAAAAUGGUAAAGCCAGGGGAGCGGUUUUGAGCGCUGCUACUGGCAAAAAAGUGAUCGCGUGGUACGGCAUCCCAUACGCCCAGAAGCCCGUGGGUAAUCUUCGAUUCCGAAGACCAGUGCCAGCCGACAGAUGGGACAAGGACGACCCGAAUUUCGUUCUGAACGCGACCAAGUUUCCAAACAGCUGCUUCCAAAUGAUCGACACACUAUUCGGCGACUUCGCCGGUGCUACGAUGUGGAAUCCGAAUUCGCCGCUAUCGGAAGACUGCCUGUACUUGAAUAUCAUCUCUCCGUAUCCUAGGCCGAAAAACGCCACCGUUUUAGUAUGGAUUUUCGGCGGCGGUUUUUAUUCGGGCACGUCAACGUUAGACGUGUACGAUCCGAAAACGCUGGCUUCCGAAGAGAACGUAAUUAUCGCUUCGAUGCAGUACAGAAUAACCUCUUUGGGAUUUUUAUACUUCGGCACCGAAGACGCGCCAGGCAACGUGGGCUUAUUCGAUCAACUACUCGGGCUGCAAUGGAUACACGAUAAUAUCGCCGCGUUCGGCGGCAACCCUCAUAAUGUGACGCUUUUCGGCGAAUCGGCGGGAGCGGUUUCAGUCAGCAUGCAUCUUUUAUCGCCCUUAAGUAGGAAUCUGUUUAGCAGAGCGAUUAUGGAAUCCGGUUCGCCGACUGCUCCCUGGGCGGUACUUUCGCGAGAUGAGAGUAUACGUCGGGGACUUCAGCUAGCAAAGGUUUUAGGAUGUCCGCAUAGCAUUAAGAAUUUACCUAAAGUGACAGAAUGUCUUCGUAAGGUAAACGCUACCACGUUAGUGCAGAAAGAAUGGGUCGUCGAGGGUGUAUGCGAUUUCCCGUUCGUGCCGGUCGUCGAUGGACAUUUUUUACAAUGCGAUCCGGAUGACUGCACUAGAACGAGUAAUUUUAAAAACAUCAGCAUCAUCAUGGGAAGUAAUUCGGAGGAAGGAUUUUAUUUUAUUAUGUAUUUUUUAACCGAUCUUCUGCGAAAAGAAGAAAACGUUUUGAUAUCUAGAGACGAAUUCGUCAGAGCUGUGAACUCACUCAAUCCCGAUAUGAACGAUCUCGCUAGGCAAGCCAUAAUAUUCGAAUAUACCGACUGGAUGAAUCCGGACGAUCCUGUCAAAAAUAGAGACGCUCUCGAUAAACUAGUCGGCGAUCGUCAAUUCACCUGUAAUGUCAACGAAUUCGCUCACGCUUACGCUAAGGCUGGCAACGACGUUUAUAUGUACUUUUUUAAACACCGUUCGUCGCGAAGUCUUUGGCCAUCUUGGUCCGGAGUCUUGCACGGCGAUGAAAUCAACUUCAUUUUUGGCGAACCAUUGGACCCUAUAAAACGAUACAGACGCGAAGAAAUACAACUCAGUAAGCGAAUGAUGAAGUACUGGGCCAACUUUGCUAAAACUGGAAAUCCUAGUCAAAAUGAAGAUGGAUCUUGGACUUCGAUAUACUGGCCUCUGCAUACUGCCGAUGGUAGAGAGUUUUUGACUUUAGAUGUGAACAAUUCGCAAACUGGAAAAGGACCGAGAAUAAGACCGUGCGUGUUUUGGAAACAAUACAUUCCUCAGUUACUGGAAAGCGCUGACAAUAUGACAAAAAACUGUCGCAAUACUGCCAACAUUUCGUACGCAAAAGGUCUCGGGCCAGUUCAUUUCGUAGCCCUGUACACAAUCGUAAAAUACACAACUGGUUGGAUAAUAUGCGUUUAAUCGCGAUCGCGAAAGAAAAAAAAUCAAUUGCCAUUUUUUUACAUUACAUAUCUUUCUAUAAAAUAAUUUCGUAAAAAUCUCGACAGUUUGAAAGUUUGAACGAAAGAUUUUUCCUUUUAAUUUUUUUUACCACAAUGUUAGCAAAUGAACCAGCUCCUUUUUCGCUUGUUGUUUCGCUGAUUGCAUUACAAGCACAAAAUUUGUACGUACAAUUGUAUCGUUUUAGCAAAAAGAAAAAAAAAAGAAAAAAAAGAGAUACUAUUUAUUUCCAAGGCGAGUAUUCACAAUCAUUAAAGGUUUUGGGAACUAAAUGUAAAACUGUGAUGACUUAACGCUGCACAGGAGUGCCGAGUGUUGAUUAGUAAAAAAAAAAAAAUCAGGUUUAUACGUAUUUAAUCGUUUAUUGUAAUACGUUACGCGAUAUCUCUAACUACUUAUUUGUGUUCCUUUGUUUUUUCUUCCUUCUAUGUAAUUUUUUUUCCAUUCCUUUAUUUUUUUUUACCAUAAAAGAUGUAAUAUUGCGCGGAAAAAAUUAAGCUCGGAAGAGAAGUAGAAAAAAAAAUGUCUGCGUGAAAAAGAACAUCGUGUGGAAUGGUAAUGAGUUUACGGUUUGGUGGUUAUGUUGAACGGCGGCGAUGAAGAAGACGAUGAAGGCGAAUACGAAUUUUGUUUAGUGCGAGUAUUUACGUAGUAACAAAAAGUUUUCGCCACUUGCUGCGUGUAUUAGGUAUAAAAAAAAAGAAGAAAAAUUUUCUUUACAAUGCGGAGAUGUGCGCGUAAUUUCGCCAGGUGCUUGCCCGCGAGCCCGCGCCCUUUCUCGAAAAAAAAAGUUACGAGACUUAUUGAUUGUAGAUGUGGUAAAAAAUACAUAUAAAGCGUGUUUUUGUAUUGUAUGAAAUUUAAUUUUUAUCCUGUCUUGUUACCUAUCUAUACCUAUACAUAGCUCUAUACUUUAAUGACGUUUACGACGAGUGUUAUGUUAACUGUAAGAAAAAUUCGCCAACAGCGUGUAAUAGGCAAGCAAUAAGACGCGAUGAAAGAAAUGCAUUAGAUUUGUAAUAUAAUUAUUUAAUUUUUUUAUUCCUCGUUUUUAUUCUGCGCGUACCGCAUACCUACUUAUGUAUGUACAUUGUACGUAGGAUACGUUGAAAAAAAAAAAAUACUAUAUUAUUGUCCGGAUCAUGGGUCGAUUAUCACCGUAAUUAAAUUUUUAAAAAGAAACGUGUGUAGCUGUGUGUACUCGUAUGUCUGAUUUGUCUUUAUCAUAAUUUAUUUCUUACGUCGAGCACCUUCGAUAUGGAUUAGAAAUUGGUUUUUGAAAUUUAAAUCCUGAUCAUAAAAAUUUUUGAAAAAUGCAAAACGAUUUUCUCACGGAACCAUUUGAGAAUAAAGCAAAUAAAUUUUACUCGAUCUCGAGUAGAUAAGUAUGUUAUUGACCAAAUUUAAAUUUUGAAAAAAAAUCUAAUGACAUUCGUUGACAUUUUUUUUAAAAAAAAUAGGUAACUAUCUGAAUUUCUUUGAUUAGCAUAAUAAUAUAAAAAACUAUGGACUACUUUUUUCGUGUUUUUGACUUGAAAAACUCCAAGAAAUUUCGAGAAAAUGUGAUUCUCGUUCAGUUUUGUCGAGUAGGCAUGUAAUAUUUAUCUAGGGUGGCUCGCAAAAAAAAAAGAAAAUUGAAGAAUUUUGAUCAAGGUGGGGGGGGGGUUUCUGCGCCAGGAGGAUGUUCAAAACCGUCGACCAUAUGCAGAAAACUCGAUGAUUUGAGAUGGAAUGGUCUUCCCGAAGGUAUGGGGGCUCUGCGCCAGGAGGAAGUGAGUUCUGUCUAGAUUUUUCGAUUUUGGUUGUCAUCGUGAUUAUAGAAUGAUCAAACUGUGCAUGAAACAUUCAGUAAAUAUGCAUUACCUAUUUCAAAAUUAAACUCGAAAUUCGUUUGAAAUUUUAUACUUCUGUUUUGCUUCAGUCGAGCUAUUCUCCUUCUAUCUCUUUGUUUUUUUUUUUCAUUCGCUGAUCAAGUAUCUACUUAUGUAUGUAUGAUGCACUAAUUUUGUAAAUGUUUUGCACUUUUUGUGAUGUUACCAUCUCUCCCUCUUUUCUUUCUGAAUAUGUGUCUGAUUAUGUUAGAAAAUCACAGUAAUGGGGACUAGGGUGUACCUUAUUUACACAUGGUGGGGGGAAUCGUUUUUUUGCUAUCCCACCACCUGAAACUGUUACCUCUGGUGAGAAAAUCACGCCAUGAAAUUUUCAGCCCCCUCGGUGAAAAAUGAGUGGGGCCGAUGACUCCCCCCCGCCAUUUUACAUAAUAUGAAAAUAAUCGAAGUAUCAGACAAAAUCUUUAAAAUUGUGAACUUUCUAGUUCCAACACCUCUGUCAAGUCCCUACUUAGGCAAAUGGAUUAGAUGAGAGAGCUCUUAUUUAUACCUAUUAGUGAAAAAAAUAUUUGACGACACCCUAAAAUGUUGUCGGGUUUCAUGAGAAAAAUUUCUCCAAUCAAGUUGGUAAAAAUAAGUCGUGCUAGGAAGCUCCUCUCCCCCCUCCCUCACCUCAAAAUAUGUAAGAAAUCCUAAAAAAUAAAGUUUCUACUUUUUUUUUUACAUUUUACUGCUUGGAUUUGGUUUAUUUUCAUUAGAAAUACCUACUGUUGAAUCUUUUUGACUUCUCUAUUUAUGAUGAAAAAGUGGAACUUGUCCCCUUUCCUCAAAAAUGAAAAAAAAUGAAUAUUUUUACGUUUUUGUUUUUUUUUUAAAUUUUAAUUGAGGGGCUUCAUGGAAAAGGGGCCUUGGUCAAUUAUUUUUUCACUGAUUUUUAUACGUUCAAAUGGACUUUAAAAAAUUUUCUACAAGCAAACAUUUUCCAAUUUGUUUUUUUUUUAUGGAAGAACACUUCAAUACCUAUCACUGAAUAUGGUGAAAUUGGUGAAAUUACCAAAAACAAUAAAAUAAAAUAACUUAAUACUUACAUUUAAAAUUCUAAAAGAAAAAAAAAACAAAAAAAAUGACCAAGACUCCUUUUCCAUGGACCCCCUCAAUUCUGGGAUUUGGUCGAUAUUCAUCUUAAAGUACUAUGUCAGACACGUAUAAAAACUUGGAAAAAAUUCAUCACUAACAAAAUAUUUUUACAAUUUUACAAUAUUUUGUCUGACUUUCGAGAACUUGGAACAAAUUUCGAUAAAUCUAUGACAUCAUGUCAGCCCUUUAAACACUUGUAUAGAAAAUUACCUAUUUCUGAUUCUGAUAUUUUGACUUUGAGUAACAUUGAAGUAGACGUUUAGAUCUUAAGUCUGACUUUUAAGAGCUUGUAAUAAAAUUACCUAUGUCAAAUUUUCACAGAAGACUUAUUGACGUUCUGAUAUCUUAUAAUGUAUGACUUUUGAAAACUUGGAAAAAAAUCGCUUAGAAUCCUCCAUUAGUUCCAUAUUUUCAACUUUGGAGGUCUCUAUGUAGGAGGCCCACAUUGUUGGGGGGCGGCUGAGGAAAAGUUUUUCUUGGAAAAAAAUCAUCGAGAAGUAUUCUGGUCAGAGCCGAAAAAUUUCCAAAUAAAUUGUGUCUACAGACAUCCAUUUUUCAUAUUUUUCGAUAUUUUUCAUUGGGGGGGGGGGGGGGGUCAUAAAAGGAGAUCGAGAUCAUCUGGAGGACCUGAUGGUAUUUUUCUUGAAAAGGUGGGCAUCUAAAAGUACUCUGCUCAGAAAUGAAACAUUUUCAAAAAAUUUGUACAGAUAUGAAUUACUCAUUUUUUGUUGAUUUUUUUCGACUUUGAGGGGCUUUAUAUAGGGAACCGACAUCAUUUGGGAAACCGGGGGAGGGUAUUUUUUUUUUGAAAAAGUGCGUAUUCAGAAAUAUUCUGCCCAUAAAUGUAAAAUUUCCAGCAAAUUUCUACAGAAAUCAAUUUACCUAUCAUAUUUUUUCAUUUUUCCCAUUUUUGGGGGGGGGGGAGGGGGCUUUGUACAAGAGAGCCAACAUCAUUUUUGGGGUCCAUCAAAAGUUUUUUCUUGAAAAGAGGGUUAUGUAGAAUAAUUCUAAUGUGGAAAUGAAAUAUUUUCAAAACAUUUUCACUGAUUUUGAUUUAAUAUUCUCCUUUUUUGUGAUUUUCUUCAACUUUUAGGGGCUCCUUAGGCUACUGGGGGGGGGGGGUCAAUACGGUUUGAGAUUCGGGGAGAGUUUUUUCUUGAAAAGGGAAUUAUUUAGAAAAAUUCUGACGCGGAAACAGAAAAUUUUCAUAGAUUGAACAUUUUUUCAUUUUUUUGACUUUUUUAGCUUAGGGAUCGAGCUACUGGCACCACUUUUUUUUACAGAUAGGGGGAAAAUAAAAAAUAAGGAAUUAUUUUCCCAUCCCAGGUAACAAUUAGGGGGGGGUGAGAGUUGGAAAAUUGCAACUAAGGUACACCCUAGUGGAGACGUAGAGUUCUCAGUCGCCCAAGGCUGCAUAUGUUGGUGCUGAUAAAAACUUUUCAGACAUCGUGUAUAUUAUUAUUCCUUUAAUUUCCAAUGUGAUGUAAAAAUGUAAUCGUUUUUAAAACGAUGUUUAUUUUUAUCAAUUUUUUUCCUAUGUAAAUAUUACGAGUAUAAGUACUGUUCAGUUGAAAUGUAAGUACCUAUAUGAUUGUAUGUAAUUACCUAUGCAUCGUGUAGGUACAUAUGUACAUAAUACGGAUAUAUACCCACUAUACCUACAUACGAGUAACUUAUAGUACCUACGAGUGUAUAUAUGCAAUUUAUACCUACCGUGUGGUAUGGAUGUUAUGACUGUACUACCUACCCUAUACCUAUGCGGAGAUCAAUUUUUAGAUAAAUUAUUCGUUAUAGAAAAAGUAAAAAGCGAAAAAAAAGUAAAAAAAAAAAAAAUUAUACGCUAAAAAUGGAUGGAAGGCGUGUCGAAAGUGUAGCAUACCUUAAAUAAUGAGCAGCG